AUGUACGAGGAUGCUGAUGAUGUACAAGAGUACAAUUUUAAAGUUUUGGUUGUUGGGGAAGUGUCCGUAGGUCAGUUUUUUAAUAUCCAGAUUCGAAAGCACUUAUUAAGUACUUAAUACAGAUUGUUUUGACAAUUUUUGACUGAUCGACAUUGCCAUUUACAUGUAUUAAAAAUAGCUAUUAGCUGAUAUCAUAAUUUAACUGUUCGAGGCUGUUUUUAAACUACAAAGAGUUCAUAUCGUAUAAAUUUCAAAAAUCUAAUAACAACUUCAACAAAUACACAUUUAAUCAUUAGGAUCGUUCGGUUCUUUGAUACGGUAGCACUUCCAAAUGAAUGAUUUAGGCCUAGAUCAAACGUCACUCCACUCAUAGCAUGGUUCUUAUUGCUCCAACCCUCACUAACAGGGUUGGUAAGUAAGAUGAAUAAUUAGGCCAAAUCGUCUUUAGUGCUGUUUAGAAAACAAAGAAAACAAAAGGCCAAGACAAAGAAAACAAAGGCCUAGUGUGACAGUGUUUGGCCUAAUUAUUCAGUAAACCUACCAACCCUGCAGUCACAGUACUAACGAACGUCUGCUGAACUGAGCUGCACAUUCCAUUCCCUUUGUUUCAGGUGCCAAUCAUAUUGCAGUGAUUUAUAGGGCAAAAGCCAAUUAGAAGCCUAAUUCUUUUAUUAGUUUGUGCAUUUCUGUAUAUUAAUAGACAAUAACUUUCACUCCCCGAAAUUCAGAAGGUUCGAUGAUUGGUCAAUGUGAGGGAAUGGAAUGUGCAGCUCAGUUCAGCAGACAUUCGUUAACAAGGGUUGGAGCAAUAAGAACGUCUGCGAAGAGGACUACCAUGGUUACGUGGCAACCUUUCAAAUUUGGCCAUACUUUUUUUAUUCCAUUUUGACUUGAUGCCUUCAUUGGGUAAAUUAAGCCAAUUGGUAUUUAACAAAUAUAAAACAUUUUCCGUGUUGAUAUACAGUUAUAUCAACACGAGUGGAAAUUGGGAAAACGAGAAAUUGUGUGGAAACACGACGCCCGAAGGGCGGAGUGUUUUCACACAAUUUCGAGUUUUCCCAACUUCCACGAGUGUUGAUAUAACUAUAUAUCAAUACGGAAAAAUGUUUUAUAUUUGUUUUAUAAUAUAACAAUGUCAAAAGCCCGAAGAAUAAGAAAAAUUUCCGUGUUUACAAGCGGCGGAAAAUUUCCCGUGUUGACAUGGAGUUAUAUCAACACGGCUCUUAGCCAAUCAGCGUUCAGAAUUUACAAAUGCUAUAUUAUAAAUAAAUAUAUAAAUAUAUCCUGGGCUUGAAAUAAUGUUCCCAAAGUUCCCGAUCAUGUUGAUUGGCAGCCCUGUAAUCAUAUGCACAAUAGGGCCAUACAAAUGCUUGAAAGGGUAAUAUGUUGGAAUCAUGCAUAGGAAUAUACUUGCAUGGUUUUAAGUGUAUAUGUUAUAUUUUAGGAAAGGUAAGAUGAUCGAAUGAUGUUGAAGUUGUAUGGCUAUCAGGGUGAAUUAUCAAACUACUCAACAUAAUAUAUUCAACACAAUUACUGAACAACAUUCUAAUUUUCUUUUCAUGCAAGUAGACUUCAAUUAUUCGUCGAUAUACACAAGGUAGGUAUAUACCGUAUAUAACCUGAAUGGUCUUUGCCAACAUAGCUAGUGAUCUCUAUAAUAAUGGGAUGCCUGACCAAUAUAUUUGUUUUUUACAUUAAUUGUACCAUCAGGAUAUUUUGAACCCCCACUCCCAAAAGAUGGAGAAUUCUUCACUGCCCCUUUGAGGCAGUGCCCCUCCCACUUUUGAGAUGCUUCUUUGGUACAACAAUGUGACCAGUGGAGUUUUGGCUUUUGAAUUUUAUUUCUUGUGUUUUCAGGUCAUUUUUUGACAAGUUACACACCAACGUUAGGUGCUGAUUUUGCAUUAAAAGUUGUCGAUUGGGAUUUGAAAUCAAAAAUACACCUUCAACUGUGGUAAGAGUGAUUUGAAUCAGUGGUCUAGUGUUACUGCAAUUUUUAAUGAACAAAUAUAUACUGAAUAUAAUUCAAAGGAAAUUAUUGAACAUUUUAAUUAAAAUUGCUGUAGUUUUUAUUGAGCACUUUAUCAAUGAAACUAUUAAUGACUAAGUAAUUAAUGCAGAAUUCAGUAGUAAUUGUUAAUGUUAUUUAAAUGUUUAUGAUAUAUUUUUUUUUGUUUUCAGGGAUGUGGCUGGCCAUGAGCGUUAUGGUCACAUGACCAGGGUCUAUUAUAAAUAUGCGUAAGUAUUCAUUUAUAUCAGACUCAUUUUGAGGAGUCUUAGAAAAGAACUUAUAAGUGUCAACUAUUAGUAAGUAACAGCUUUAAACAUCACGCUGGUCAAAUGUGGCAAAUUUUCUUCGGAUACAUUCUUCCACUUGUAUGUGUGGGCUCAUAUUGUAAGCAGACAAUUCUUAUUCUUGCACAAGAUUGCUUGCUGUACUGGGAGAAAUUACCAGUGUGAAUUAACAACUGGUUGAAAAGAGAUAUAUGAAAAACGAAGAAAAACAAGACAAGACAGAUUGUUAGAUUUGACAAGGUUGCGGCACAUUUGCGCAAGAGUCAUAAAUAAAAUGCAAAAACAAAUAAGUCAAUUUUUUAGUUACAAUCUUGAUGGCUACCAAUUAAUCUAAUACUAACAAAUUACAAAAAAGUUAAGUUUGGAUUGACACAUGGGUGGAGCGGUGUUUGGUAUCAAUUAAUGCUCCAAUGCAAAAUUAAUCAAAUGUCACACAAUACAACAAGCUCUGCUGACUUGUGUCAAACUUUUGUCACUUGAAAUUCUACCCUAUACUUAACUGAUUCAUUUGUCAAUCUUCUGUUGUACCUAUAAUUCUCACGUUAAGUUCGCCACAUGAGAAUUAGUAUGCAUCUGCAAAAGAGCCUUAAGUGGCUUAGUGUACUAUUGUCUUGACAUUAUUUUAUAGGAUGGCAGCAUUUAUUGUUUAUGACUUAUCCAGGUACAAUUUUAAUAACUUUAUUUAGAUUUUUUAUUGAAUAUUGGUGUUCUUUCUUUUCUGUAUAUCAUUCUUUUCUUUGCUAAUUAUUUGCUAUUGUCCUUUCUGUGGAACAGGCCAGAUACUUGGAAUGCUGUACUAAAGGUCAGCUAUAAUUUUUUAAAUAAUUUUUUAAUUUUGAAUUGUAAUUUGUUAAAGGUGCAUAGCACAUAUCAUGACCUGUUGCUAUGGACAGCUUUGCCACUGGCUUCAACCCCCGAUUAUAAGUAUUAAAUGCCUUUGUUCACAUCUUGAAGUUGAAAGAUAUCUAAUUCUUAUUUUCUCUCAUUACUGUUACUUUUUCUAUCACUCCUAUGAUUUUAUUGAAAAAAUAUGUCUUUGGUAUACAGUGGUACAAUGAUUUAAUGCAGAAUGUCUUGACUGAAGACGAAGAACCCAUACCAAUUGUCCUCUUAGCUAAUAAGGUACGUAACCUCCUAGUGUCCGCCACUGUAGGAACCUGUGGCCCUGCGAGAGGGCCUAUAGUUGCAUUUUUUGCAACUGCUUCUGGUUAGGUCUAAUAAAUAUAUAAAAUUCACACUCAAAAUGUCCAUCUACAAAACCUUUCUACGAACAAUUAAACCAAUUUACCAUCUGGGAAAUGUAUAAUAAUUACCAGGUGAUCUGACAUUGAGCAAAAGGACUGGGACUAGCAACAGAAUAGAAAUCCAUUUUCGUGCAUUUAAUCACUUGUCACGCCCUGAUUCUUUUGUGAAACUUUUUGAAACUUUGUAUCUGUGUCUUUCACAGGGAAAUGAAUAUCUGGGACAAAUUUGAGAUAGAAAUCCAAUACCGUUGAUGAGAUAUUGAGUAAUUUUAAACCAGAAAUGGAUUUCUAUUUUACAAAUGGUGCCAGGCCUUUUCCGAGUUCCGAGAUCACCUGGUAAUAUUGGCAAGAAUUCAGUUUUUCCAUGAAUGGUUUCAACAUGGUAAAUCUUUAAAAGCCAUUCAAAACGCAUUAUUGAAGUAUUAAUUUUCUUGUUCUUAUUCCAUUAUCCAAAUUUUCUCAACAUUUACUAUUGAUGUAACCGCGUCAAUAUAUGUCGUUUACAUAUCUUGUUCUUAGUGUGACAUGAACGGUGUUGGGUAUGAUAAAUCUUACUUAACUACAUUUUGUGAUGAGCAUGGGCUAGAAGGAUGGUGAGUUAUGGGUACCAUUCAGUUUUAAUAAAAUACAACAUAAUGGUAAAUUUUCAAACAGUAGUAAUAUUCAAGUUUGAUGACAGAUAAUAAACAAUUUUGAAAAAUUUACUAUAUGGUCGGAGUUAGCGGAGUUGACGAGGAUACUCGGACCCAGUGCCGGUGGUGCACCCGUUUCGCAACUUCUAUUCUAAAUGGGUAAAUAGCCAAACUUCUAAAGGUUGCUACCUGAUCUACUUUGAUAUAUGAUCGAAUAAGCAGUUAAAAACUGACAAACCUGUCAGGCCCUCAAGUGCAAUGCCAAUCGUAACCUUCGAUACAUCAAGGUGAUUGUUGUGUGUUUCUUUAUAAGGUUUCCAGUUUCCGCCAAGACGAACGGAAAUAUUGGUAAGUGCAGGAAGCACAACUUUUUGAAGCGGCCGUAUUGAGAUUACAUCAGAAUUUUGGAACGACUGCCAUAACUUGCAAUUGUUACAAGAUGAUGACAACAGGUUUAACCAAUUAAGUUGCACUGUGCCAUAAUGGCACACUACACACACCAGACUAUUUUACUCGUCAAGGAGCUCAGUGAGUUAAAGGUGCUUUCAGUUUCACCCAAUACAUUUUUAUGUAUGCUUUGUUACACUGAGACUAUGUUUACACUAUAUCAGAUAGUUUUCCUUAGGCUUAGCGAUGCGAAAAAUCACCUAUCUGAUACGGAAUGUACAACUUUCAGAAGCUGAGCGAAACAAAAUCUCUCCGUUGUAAUGAUUCCUCUGAAAAUAGCGUUCCUAAAAGGUACGGAUAGUUUUCGAUUCGGUCAUUGCUUGUUUUUUUUUUCAGAUGAUGCGAUGAACUUCGUUAUUUCAGCGAUUCUUUCAAAACGACCUCAAAAAGAACGUAUACGACCAGGUACACCUUGGUACAGAGCAGAAAGUCCUCUACCAGCUUCUCCCGUAACAGUUCUCCCUGCUGAGAAUGGGGAUAUUGGUAAAGGCAUACCAAGAAGCACUGCGGUGGAGCGUAAGACGUGUUGCUGA